AUGGAUAUUAAACCAAAUGUUUUCAUUUCGGCAGUUUUCUUCAGUGGAUUUUUCAUUACAAUAAUCAGUGCGUCUUUUUGUGCGGACUAUGAAAAGUACAGUGCAAACAAUAAUUGUACAUGUGAUGUUUACGGCUUUAAAUGUUACAGUAACACGCUGAAAUUGGUUGAUGGAGGCCUGUGUUUCCUCAAACAUUUGUACGGAGAUCAUGGUAAAAUAGAGAAUUUAGAAACAUCAGGGAAUGGAGACGCGUUCACGAUAUCUUCAAGUUUUUUCUUACCAUUUAUUAAUCUGAAGACGUUAAGAAUUCACAACUGUAAUAUAGUUGACAUUGAACCCGGAGCUUUCCGCAGUUUACACAGACUAGAGGUUCUAGAAAUAUCCGGUAAUUCCAAUCUCACAUUUGAUUCCAUAUCAAAGGGCCUUGAUUUGCUGAAUUCUCCAAACUUACAAGUGUUUAAUAUUAGUGGUAACCAUAACGCCGAAAACCUUCCUGGGGCGUCUAUUAGAAAACCGAUGUUUGAGCUUCUUUCAAACACUUCCUUGAAACUUUUAGACAUCAGUUGGACCAGACUGACACAGUUGUUGGCACCAUUCGAUUUAUUACCUCGCUUGAAAACACUUAAUGUAUCAGGAACUCUGUUGCUAGGUUCACCAAGUUGUGUUUCUACUAUCACGUCAAUAAGCAGCAUCACUUAUAUUGCCAUUGACCACUGGCCAUAUUUCCCAAGAGGAUAUAACAGUAUUCGACGGAUUGCAGAGCCGCGUGGCUUGUUCAAAAGAACCACUAAAGACACAUGUACAUACAAGAAAUAUUUAUCAGAGAAAGGGUGUAUAAUAACAGGGACAAGUCUUCGUACUAUACAAACAAGAUUCAUUGAUCUCGACAGUUUUUUCUUAGAUUUAAGUAACGAUAUAUGCAUUGAAAAUAAUAACAUUUUAAAUCAUAUUGCAUCCAAUAGUAAAAUUUCAAAGCAGCUUGGACUUAUAUCAGGAUAUGAUAAACUGAAGUUAUUUGACAUGUCAAAUCCGGAAGUCUUAUUUAGGGGUCCAUUGAUUAAGCCAAAUAUGUUUUAUGCAAUGCCUUCAUUGCAAGUAUUACGAUUAGCUGGAUUUCACCUUAACAGGUUGAGUAAUGAACACAUAGGCAAGCUUGUUUCUCGGAAUUACAAUCUGACAGAACUGGAUAUUUCACACAAUGAACUAACAACUUUGCCAAAGAAAAUGUUCAUCGAAAAUAUAUUCCUAGAAUAUUUGAAUAUAUCAUGGAAUAAAUUAACUGUGUUUGAAACGGAUCUUUCAUCGUGUGAACAUCUUUUGUCUGUAGAUCUUCAACAGAAUCUCGUUAUUGUGAUAGAUGUAAUUGUAAUUCAGCAUUUUACAUUCUUAGGAAGAAAUAUUGAAAUUAACCUGAACGGCAAUGAGUUAGAAUGUAACUGCAACUUGUUAACUCUUACUAAAGAUGUAAAUGUAACAAUAACACCUUUUAGAUGUACAUAUAAAGGUGAAAGUAAACUUAUUACUAAAGAUGUUUCUGAAACAUUCUUACAAAAUGUUUGUGAUGCACAGGAGCAAAAUGAUAGUAUGAUAAUUUUGUUAGUUGCUACAUUGGGAGUCUUGGGGACAGCUUUAAUAAUUAUCGCUGCUGUAAUUAUUUACAGAAAAAGAAAAAGGUCUAUCCUCAGAAAAAGUGUUCAUGGAAAUAUGCCCGUCGUAAUUAAGUUGACAGACUGUAACCGUUUGGAAGAGAGUCCUUCCAGAAACCCGAAAUUUGUUGUGUUCCUUGCAUACUGUUCCAGAGACUCCGAAUUCGUCUUGAAGAAAAUCUACGAAAAAUUAAACUUGAAAUUGUUACAGCUGUUGAAAGACACUGACUAUGUAAAAGACCCAGAUCAUUUAAUCAUCAUAUAUGAUAAACAUUUCUUAGCAGGUAUAGAUAUUGAUGAAAUCUGUCGUGUAGCAAUUACAGAAAGUCAUGUGACUGUAGCUGUGGUAACAGAAAACUUUUUAGAAAGUUCAUGGUGUAAUCUGGAAGUUAAAAUGGCGAUUUCGUCGAAAAUACCGUUAUUGCCUUUGUUUAUCAAGAAAUGUGACCCAAAAAAGUUGACAGGGUUUCUGAGAGUCAUGUAUGAAGAAAAAGUUAGACUUCUUUGGCCGGAUACAUCUCUGUUGGAUGAAGCUCUAGCAGAAGCGGAAGAAAACAAACUCUUGGAUACACUGUGUACUCACAUUAUCACGUACGUCAAUACAUGA